UGGAGCAAUUUCCCCAAAAUACAUACAUCAAUAGUCAAAUGACACAAUGAAUCUGGGAACCAGACCCUCAAGUUUCCCAGGACAGUUGUCUGCUCUAGCUUUGACGAAUAAUAAUAAUACAUGGGAUUUAUACAGCGCUUUUCUAACACUCAAAUAGCUUGACUUGUUCCCUCUAAAUCAAAUCAAGACUGUAUUUUUAACAGAUGUUGAGUUUAUUUAUCAUGGCACUGUUCAACCAGGAAAAAUUAAACAAGUCAAUCACUGACAUGCAGUGGAUGCUUGUUUUUGCCUCACUGGCAAACCCUGUUAAGUAGUCCCAGCAGAUGUUAUUAUGUGAAGAUCAGCAGAGAGCAGCCUUUCACUAGAGGAACAACUCCACGUGAGAAUCUUUAAACUUCAUAUCAUCAUAACAUUUCUUCUGAGGCAAACUGGAACAGAAGCAUGCCUGUCAAUAACAUCACAUUUCAUCUGCUUUUCUGAAAUUAAUUGAAAAGCUAAAGAAGAGCAGGAAAAUGAGAAAUAAUUAGUUAAAACAUUAUCUGUAUAUAUUUUACAAGGUAGUUUGUGUCUCAGAUGAUAAGCUUAUGGUGUGGGUGAUCUCAGCUAUGACCCGCCUCACUACCUAACCGGCUGUUAAUCUGACUAACUCCUCUAAUUGGCUAACCAGAGGAGAUUAAGCUAAAACCAGGAAUAGGACUACAUUCCACACAUACAAAGAUAUGUUGGCAACCAAGUUCGAGGUUAGUUUAAGGUUAGCACAUUAACAAUUCAGUUAAUAUUCUAUUUUUAUCACACAUUACUCCACUCAGACAGAACGUUCCACUUUGAAAUAAUGAUAAAACAAUUACCAUUAACAUUGAGAACAUUAAUUUUAAUCUGAGUGAAAGAGGGAAUACUUAUAGUUAAGUCAUUAAAUCCUUACAACCUGUCUUACUUUUGUCGUUAUAGAGCAUUCCUAUUUCACGGCAGGUUAAAACCUAAGCUUGCUGGGAAACCAAAGAAAUCUAUUUAUAGGCAGGAUUAGGUUUUACAGUAGUUCAAAUAAAUUUGUCACUUGAUACUUUCUUCUACAUUACCAUGUGAAAUCUCACACUGUCUGACCACAUGAGGUGUUAUAAUUAAAUAAGAGUAAGUUGGCAGCUAUUAAAUGACAGUGGUACUAGCUAAAGGCUAACAACAGCAUGCUAACAUACUCACAUGCUAAGUAUGGUUUUUCAGCAGGUGUGGUGUUCACCUGAUGCUGAUGGGCAGGUCAAUGGUUUUAAAGGUUUUUGGUCAUAAGAGUAUUGGACAAAAUGAAAGUUUCACCUGAUGAGGACAGUAGAUCAUGGAAAGUCAAAGAUUCUCCAAAGUUAUGUCUGUACUGAGAAUCAUGACAACUCCCCACAAAUGUGUUGAGAAAUAAAACUCAAAACCAGACGUCAACCUCAUGGUGACCACAAAAGAAAGGUCAGGGAGUCACCAGAAUCAUUUGAAUCCAUCAUUAUUAUAUCAGCAGCUGCCAGGAUAUUAACGUUGUGGCAGCUGGUGGCUGUAUGUAAUAAAAUUGCUAAAGUUGGAAAAUUAAAGUAAUUUACAUCAUAUUCAAGCUGAAGAUGAAAACUCUUGACAGAUGUAUAUUUAUCAUUUUAGUUUAAGGGUUAUGGAUGGAAUUAGGUGAUUGUGUUUGUGCGUGCGUGUGUCCAUAGUCCAAGCAUGUGCAGAGCAGCACAGAGAUUAGUGCUCUCUCUGACUGCACAGCUUGGUCGCUGUCCUUAUCUCUCCGACAGUUCGUGGUAAUGUUCCAGGAAACGUUUUAAUUUAGACAUGGAGGGACUGGAUCAUUUGUGGGAAACUAUUCAGUUCGAGCCGAGUCAGUAGACCUGUGAGGGAGAGGAGCUGUUUUAUUUCACUUUGGACCUUUUUACGACAAAGGAAAGCUUCAUCAGUCCCGGACAGUUUGUCUGUUAAAAAGUUAUUGUGACUUCAUCAUGUGAUGAUAUGGAUCUGGUAUUAUGAAAUGUUAUACUGAACUCUUGAGACAUCUCAACUGGCCUAAUAACGGAUAACACAGAGAAAAAACAUUUUCAAUUUGAUAUAGACUGGAAUAAUACUAUAAUUUACAUUAAUCUGACGGGGAUCGUCACUCCAUAGCAAGUCAAAUGGCAGAGGAGUAUGAACAUUCUGGUGCGUCAGAAUUUAUUAAAGACCGGCUGUACUUUGCCACCCUACGUGUCAAACCAAAGAACACAGCCAACACACAUUAUUUCAGCACGGAUGAGGAGUUCAUAUAUGAGAGUUUCUAUGCCGACUUCGGGCCCCUUAACCUGGCCAUGCUGUACAGAUACUGCUGCCAACUCAACAAGAAGCUCAAGUCGUUCACAAUGUCCAAGAAGAAGCUGGUUCACUUCACCUGUUCUGACCAGAAGAAAAGAGCCAAUGCUGCUGUCCUCAUCAGUGCCUACGCUGUUAUCUAUUUGAAAAGAAGUCCAGAAGAAGCCUACAGGACUCUACUGUCAGGAAACAACACAGGCUACUUGCCGUUCAGGGAUGCAGCAGUGGGAGAGUGCUCCUUCAACCUCUCUGUGUUUGACUGCUUACAAGCAAUACGCAAGGCAUUACAGUAUGGUUUCCUGGACUUUGAAAGCUUCUGUGUUGAAGAAUAUGAACACUACGAGCGCGUGGAAAACGGGGAUAUGAACUGGAUAAUUCCUGGGAAAGUUUUGGCAUUCAGCAGCCCUCAUCCUCGCAGUAAGAUAGAAAAUGGUUAUCCUCUCCACGCACCAGAGGCAUACUUUGCAUACUUUUGCCAAAACAACAUAAGAGCCGUGGUCCGUUUAAACAGAAAGUUGUAUGACAGCAGGCGGUUUGAGAAUGCAGGAUUUGACCACCAUGAUCUCUUCUUCUUGGACGGGACCCUACCCUCGGAUCUCAUCAUGAGGCGCUUUCUGCAUGUGUGUGAAAGUACAGAAGGGGCUGUGGCUGUGCACUGCAAAGCUGGCCUUGGCCGUACAGGCACUCUCAUUGGCUGCUACCUGAUGAAGCACUUCCGGUUUACAGCAGCUGAAGCCAUUGCUUGGAUCCGAAUCUGCAGACCUGGAUCCAUCAUUGGUCAACAACAGAACUUCUUAGAGGAGAAACAGCACAGUCUGUGGGUCCAGGGAGACGUCCACCGCUCCAAACAGAAACUGGUUCAGCAGAGGCUGAGUCGGAGGCAGCAGCUACAGCAGUGUCAGCAUCAGCCACUUCACCGCCCUGACUCUGAGGGAGGGACACAGGAAACCAUGUCCUGCCUUGUCUCAAGCAUGGAUGACCUGUCAAUCAACACCAGUCUCUACAAAUCACACAGCAUUGAUGAGAAUAACUGCAGAGAAAGCAGUCUGACGCAGGGCGACAAACUGAGAGCACUGAAAGGAAAGAGAUCAGUUUCAACCUUUUCCAGGUUAAACCUGUCAAAGGACUCUCACUGCCCCAUCCUCCCACCCCCUAGGUCCACUGUAGCUUCCCUCUCCGUCUCAUCCCCCUCCUCCUCCUCUAAGAAGCUCGUGCGAAGCUCCUCCUCCUCUGUGACACAUAUCAAGAGCCCCUUCAGCCUCAGUCUGUUCAGCACCAGGCCUGCUGUCAUUCACUGACUUCACAGUAGAGAUGAAGAUGAUGAUGAAGUCAGAAACCAUACCAGGGGCCUGUUCCAGGAAGCAGGUUUUGCUAAAAAGUAUUUUAAUCUUGAAAAGAGGGAAACUCUGGGUUUUCCGUUCCAGAAAGCGAGGGAACUGAAACUUUAGGGUAAGUUACCAUGGUUACUGACCCAGUGAAAUGGAUCAAUAUGGAGGCAGAAUUAAUUCAGUAGCCUCACGUCAGAGGGGAUGUUCUGACCCGAUGCUUUCAGUCCCUGGCGCUACUUAGUAGAACUUUAGCAUUCUCUCCCAAUCUAUACCUUAUUUCAGCAUUAUAAUAUCCCGGACAUGCUCCGACCAGAUCAAAGUCUUUGCAUGCCCUUUUUUUCGAACGUGAGUUUCUGUACAACAAGUUAAAAUAGCCAUUUAUGUUUUCUUUGUUUAACAUGUGGAAUACGACUUACCUAUCUGCACUAUGUUCUUGUAAUUCAUUUUCAGCUGCAGCCACGUUAUUUUUUUUGCCAGUGGGAUUGGAACUAAAUUACAAAAGAAUUCAAUAACAUCGCUCUUUUUUCAGACGCGAGCAACAGGAAUCGAACAUCGGCCUCCUGCGCAGCGGACAGUGUCACUAACAUUAUACCAGCAUGUUAGACAAGAUAUUUAUGGAGAAAAUAUAAGAUUGUUUUAAAUCAUUUGAUUAUUGUUUUCAGUCUUACAUGUCGACUCGGGCAGUUACUGUCUCCAACACCAACUGUCUCUCCUCAUCAGCUGCAGCUGAUGUUCCUCUUUCUUAGAAUGAUCUUAUUUUCUUAUUUUUUGCCAUGGUGAGUCGUAGUAUCGUAGCUCCGUUGAUGUUGGCUUUUUAUUUGGCGGGCACACGCGUAACUCUGUGUGAAAAUAAUCAGAGUUGAUCUAACUAACUCAGAACUGCUUUUCUGGAACCGAAAACUGAGUUUACCAUCUGAGAGCAGAUCAGAGUUCAGGUUUAAGUUCAAAGUUUUUUAAACCUGGAAUAGGCCCCAGGUCUCCACCAACAUGCUGUGGCUGUCUAGGCCUUAAACAUUUUAUCAACCCUGACAUUGGCUUCACUUAUUUGUCAGACAUAGUCAAAGUUUUUUUUUGUAAUGCAGGGAUUUACAGAAACAAGAGUUUUGUAGAUUGUAGAAUCCACUUCAAAUGAAAAACCAUUUGAGAUGGUUAAAGGGCCACAUCAUAGUUGUGGAUCAUUCAUCAACGAAUGGGAUUGGCACCAUACUUCAUCUUCUUGUCUCCAUAGUACAAAAGAGGCAUAUCAUAUGCUGUGCAAUUACAGGACAUUAACACAACCUUUAUAGUGAGAAAAUUAAAACUUGAUUACAUUUAAGCCGACAGAAAUCCAAAAUCAUUUGAAUCAUCUGAAUUUGCUCUUGCAUUAGAAUUUUUCACAUCAGCUGCGUACUUCAUGCUCCAUAUCCACUGGCUCAUCCAUCCAUUGCUCAGCUACCAGCUCAUUAGUAACACCCAGCCAUAUAUGUUCAAGCGUGCUGCGCAACGGCAUGGCCCUUAUAACAUGACACUUCCUAAUACAUGUCUCUACGUUUAUGCCAUUUUGUUGUUUUUUUGCUCCUUGGAUUUUGGAUGGAUGGAUCCUCUAUUAUAAAUGAAUUGAUGACCACUGGAGGUGAACACACCCAAUAACCACAGCAAAUCACAUCCUGAGUCCUCCAGCAAAAAAAAUUCAUACAUACAAGCAAGGACUCUGUUUACUCAUAUUGGAUAUCCAUCCAUCCAUUAACAACGCUUUAUUAGGUAACGGUUAUAGAGCGGCUGGAGCCAAUCCCAGCUGACAUUGGGCGAGAGGCGGGUUUACACGCUGGACAGGUCGCCAGCAUAUCACAGGGCCACAUACAGAGACAAACAACCAUUCACUCUCACAUUCACACCUACGGUCACCUAUUGAGUCUUCAAUUAACAUGUCCUUGGACUGUGGGAGGGAGCCAGAGUACCUGGAGAGAACUCAUGCAUACGUGGGAGAACAUGCAAAAUUUGAAAACAAAUUAAUAUAAAAUAUAAUGACCUACAUUGGACAGUGCUACUGUAAGCACCUCUAGUUAACUGAAGGUACACUCUGGUUUUGUUGUCAGGCAGAUGCUAUAAUGUGUUCGUUUGACUCCUUGUAUUUACAUCUCAGUAUCAAAAUAGAGAAAUUACAUUAAGAAAUAUGGAGAGUAAAGCAUGAAUCCAUUUUAAGGUACUUUUAUUUAAAAGUGGUGAUUCAUCUCAUGGUGAGUGGUUAGUGAAAGUCUGGGUGUGGACUGCGCAGUUUGUGUUUCAAAGGACAGUUUGUAUCCUUUUAAUGUAACACCGUGUUCAAACAGAUAUUUCUGACCACAAAAGAGGGAUUUUUAUUUGAACUGUUUAGUCUGAACAGUUUAUAUAUAAAUCAAAUGUAUCAAAUUUUAAAAAGCACAGAAACAUUAGAUUAAAUAAUUAAUAAUUAAUAAUCAUUUUGGUAACCACUGAUGUUGUUAAUGAAAGACAUUUUCAUUUAGUUUUGUAGUCGCAUCGAACAUUUCUCAGUUCUGUACAAAUGCAUUGAGGAAACUUGCUUUCUCUUUUUGUUUCUUGCCGUCUGAAUGCUUGCUAUUCAAAUGCUGUUUUGUUUAGAGACAAAGUUGUUCUAAAGAAAUCUUUAAUGAAUCGUCAAUGAAGUUCGUGUCACCAUCACUGCUGGUGUGAGUUGUAAUGUCUAAUCACUGGAGAGAAAAUGGUUGUCUUUUGUGAUUGUUUUUGAAAUGAACAAUAAAAGUUGCUGCUUUAUUAUGAAGGUGUACUAGUAGAUUAGAUGAAUGUCUCUUUCAUGUCACUCUUUAAUAAAUAAAUAAAUAAAGUCUUA